UUUAUGUAAACAAAGAUCAACAUGCGAAGACCCUCUGUUUUUGUCGCAAAAGAUCCUGAAAAAGAAUUCCGGUAUGGAUCCCGGAACUGGCUGCUUCAUGCGCGCUAUGUACGCGGCGAACACGCCAUGUGUCUGGAUCUCGCAGACGACCUUCAGAAGAACGCUGACAACACGCAUAGAUACGCACAUUAUGUCAAGGGUCUGGUGUAUGCAGACGCAGGGCGGCAUCAGGAGGCGCUUGAGCGGUUCCACAGUUGCAUCAGGCUUCAGCCUUCAGACCCUGAGCCUUUGAAACAAGUCGCCAAAAGUCUGUCUUGCCAGGGACGCUACCAACUCUCUCUCGAAGCUUAUUUGGAGGCAGAUAAGCUGACCAAGCAUCCAGAUAGCGACAUCUACUGCGCUCUAGCGGAAUGUGCAAGUAAUCUAGGCCAGAUAGAGCGGGGAGUGGAAUGGGCGCGAGCGGCCGUGCAUGCAGGUGGAGGCGAACGUGCUGGGGCGUUAUUGGCGCGUCUGCUUUUGGCGUCAGGAGACGCCGUGGGCGCUUCAGCGGCGUACGAUCAGGCUAUUGCGACGCACGCUUGUGGCGCAGAUACACUUGCCGCAGCGGGAGCGUUACGUCUCCGUGCUGGGGCGCCGCGCGAGGCCUUCCAACUCCUGGGAGCAGCGCUUGCCCAGCAGCCCUCGCAGCACGCUGCUGCUCUGGCACUUGCUGCUAUGAUGCUGCAACACCGAGAUCUGGACGCGGCGCUAGCCAGACUUAAAGCGGCUCUCUCUGCCCACCCGACAUGCGUAGCUGCCCAUAGUAACUUGGGCUUGGCUCUACUGGCGAAAAAGAAAUAUGUUGCGGCUCUGACAUGUCUCCAACGGGCGGUGUGGUCGGCGCCGCUCAGCGCUCGAGCUGCGCACAACUUAGGCCUCGCGCUAUUGUUAUGCAGACGACCGGCCUCGGCAUUCUGUAGGCUGGCUACAGCGGCGGCAUUGCAGCCUAGGCAGCCUUACACGGUUCUUCUAAUAGGCAUCGCGCUCGAGCGGCUCGGGGACGCUCGCGCGGACGCCGCGUACGCGCGCGCCGCAGCGCUGGCGCCCGGCGACGCGCUGGUGCGCCUCAACCGCGCCGGGCGCCUGGCCCGCGCCCGCGCCGGCCGAGCUGUGGGGGAGGCGCGCGCCGUGGCCGAGAUACUGCAGAGAGAGGAGAAACCCGACGCACAGUUAAGCAGUUCCCUGGCAACUCUGCUGGCAUUACUCCGCGACGCUGGCGUUCAGCUGUCAGAUUUGCCAAACCACCUCCCACGUGCCGACACGCCCGAUGACUUGCCAGAAGAUGACAUGACAGCUGACGAAGUUUAGCUGUAGAAAACUUCGUUAGAUCAAAUUGACUACUGCCGCACAAAACGGGGAGAGUUCCCAAGAAAGCCCACCGACUUCCGCAGAAAACGGACAUAGUCCCCGAGAAAGCCCAACGACUCCCGCAGAAAACGGAGCGAGUCCCCCAGAAAGCCCACCAACUCCCGCACAAAACGGACCGACUCCUCCCCUAAACGAAAUGACUCGCAGAGAAUUAGAGGCUGAAUUGAUAAUACUACCGCCUCUGAUCCUCGGCUACGAAGAUUUAUUCGACUACGGCGAAACCAACGAUACUUAUUAAUCUUAUGAUGAAACUACAUCAAUCGUUGAAACUACGACUACAGCGACCAUAGAAACGACGCCUGUAAAAAGCAGAAAGAAAUAUCUACGUAAUCUCAACCGUCAAGCGAGAAAUCGAAAAUCCGGGGGUAACUUUGAUUUGCUGAACGACGUGGCUGCGAAAAUGUCAGAAAUGGAUGACACUAAUAAAGUAGAGAUGGCGAAUAACUUGGUGAAACUCUUGCAGUUUAGUAUGUUAGGUGCGACGCCUUCGAUGGACGGUAAAAAGAGAAGCCGAAGUAUUUACCAGCAACCCAGUCGACCGGACUACCGUCCAGCGGGCAUGGGCCAACCAUAUUGGGAUGGCUAUAGCUAAAAAAGUUGUGCAUCGUUUUGUUGAUUAGUGGGUUACGGCCUCGCCAAAUGUCUCUUUUGAAAAUAUCUUGAAAGACCUAAUUGGAAAACUGAAGGAAAAAUGUUCAACUCUUAUAUUUUCAAAUAAGUACUUUAAUUAAGUUUUACAAAUAAGUUGUAGGUGGAAUUAAUUUCAUUUUGGAAGAGAUACUAAAGGAUCAUUUAGAAAAUGAGACAUUUAGCAAGUUAGCACUAUUAAGAUGCCCUAAUAGAUUAUUAAGUCAUUAGACUUAAUAAUCUUUUAGGGCAUCUUAAUAGUGCUUAAUAGGGCAUAUUAAUACUGUGCUUAAUAGGGCACUUAAUUGUGCCCUAAUAGAUUAAUCGUAGUUAUCUUACAAAUAAAGUGUGAAAUAAAAAUAAAACGCAAACACAGUUUUCAAUUAUUUAUAUUGAAAGUAUCACCUUCGUCAUACCAGCACUGAAGGGUGUCAACGUUUUACGUACAACACAAUUACAAAAUAUAAUCGACACUGAGCACGUACAAAUAAGGUUGGGAAUCGAACAGCCGGCCUGGCGCAAUGGACUCGCCUGAAGGCACUUGAGGUUUGGCGUUACAAUUUGGCAAGUCGACUUUUGUAUGAAUUUCUUAUUGGACAGAAAAGUGACAGAAACUUUAUGUGACUUUCUUUAGGAAGUCCUCGACUACGUAGUGCGACAUAAAAUAGUAGAAAUGAAAUAAAAUGGACCUAAAAAAAAUCCAUACUAAAUUGUUGCCAUGUUUAAGCAUUUUACAUCAAAAAUGUGACAGUUACGUAGGUAUAGGUGGUCAAGCAAAUCUUGUCAGUAGAAAAAGGCGCGAAAUUAAAAUUUUCUAUGAGACGAUAUCCCUUCGCGCCUACAUUUUUCAAACUUGCCGCUUUUUUUCUACUAAUAAGAUCUGCUUGACCAACUAUAGUUGCGCCUUCAAUAAUUUUCUACAAUUUCUUGUCGAACUUUAUUGAUUUGCUGUUACUCUUCUGUCCACAUACCUAAAGAUACUACAGAGUGAGAUAAAAAAAGUAAUCGAUAUUAUUUUUGUAAAAUGCAAAGAAUAUUAUUAAGUUGGUAGCAUCGUUGAAAUUAUAUGACAUGUGUUUUUAAUAUGUCCUUGUCAGUCUUACUAUUUAAAAGAAAAUAGAGUCGGACCAAGAAAAGUAUGCAGGGGAUUUGAUAGCCCACGCAGUGCAAGUGUUAUUUAUACGUUAUGACGUAUAAAUAACGCUUGCACUGCGUGGGUCAAACUUCUAUGGAAUUAUGAUUUCAUAGAAGUUUGACGUUUAAAAUAACACUUGCACUGCGUGGACUAUCAAAUCCGCUGCAAACUUUUCUUGGUCUGACUCUAUUAAAAUUGCGAUAGCAAUUCCUACAUGUAAAUUAUGACAAUAUCAUAUAUUUUUUAACCAAUAAGCGAUAAUAAUGGAGAUGAAUUUGAAAUGCUGACAAAUAUUAAUAAAUAAUAAAAUUAAUUAGGUCCAAGAUAUUGGUAUCAAUACAAUUUUUUCACAAACUAUUUGCGAAAGAUCUCGCUUUUUUGCUACUAGUUUCCAUAACAAAUAUAUCAGUGUUGUUUGGUUCGUUGUUAAAAAAAAAUUAAGUAUAGAUGGUCAAGCAAAUCUUGUCAGCAGAAAAAGGCGCGAAAUUAAAAUUUUCUAUGAGACGUUAUCCCUUCGCGCCUACAUUUUUCAAAUUUGCCGCCUUUUUCUACUGACAAGAUCUGCUUGAUCUGCUGAUUUACCAAUAUUUUGGGCGAAAUUACAGUUAACAACUGGCUUGAAUUAUACAAUUUCAGUAAACAUUGAAACACAGGCCGGCUAAGGCGAAAUUAUUGCUUCUAAAUUUACACAGUCGACUUACGAAUAAGUACAAAAUGUACAGUUUGUACCAUGGUUCAGACUGGGUAACCAAAAUAAAUGUACCUUUAUGUACAGUCAACGAAAAUCAACUGAAUGUUUUUAAGUUUUAGAAUGUUGCAUUGAUAAUAUUAAUCUUUUGCUUAUCAGUCCGAUUUUUUUUUACAUGGCGCUGAAAAUGCAAACAUUUAUCGUAGACUUAGACAAACCUCGAAACUCCGGUAGUCAUAUUUUUGUCUACUCUACUCUUACGCGCCAGCCACGACAUUGCGCGACUCGUUCGGCUAAGGCGACAGUCAUAGGUGGGAACGAAAGGUCCGAUGGCUGUGUCUCGCUCCAACCUUGGUUGUCGCCUUAGCCGAAGCCAUUCGCGCAAUGUCGUGGCCAGCGCGUUCAAUUUGACGAGUCAUCAUAGUCUACAUUCGAAACUAAUAACCUGCUUUUUCUGAUCGCAGCUUUGUUCCCUUUUAUACAUUCACUUCUAGGCCGAUACACAUAAUUUGAACACGCUAUUUUAUGUCAUUAUCUCAUUUAUGUACGCUUAUUCAAGACAUAGUCCAAUUUUAAUUAAUGGCGCCCUCUAGCUGGCGCGGGUGCACGGAGUGGGCGCACGCACGCGUCCGCGCCAGUUGGCGUUGCCCAUACUACAGCCGUUCAAAUAAGUUUGUCAGUAGAAAAAGGCGCGAAAUUCAAAUUUUCUAUGCGACGAUAACCCUUCGCGCCCACAUUUUUUAGCCGCUCUUUUCUACUGACGGAAAUGGCUUGACAGAUAGUUGUUGCUUGACAUACAUUGUAAUAUUUUGUAGUAUAUUUUUCGUUAACCCGGUCACCCGCUCCAUGAAAUCGUGACAGCUAGCAGACGCACUUAUUAUUUAUUUAUGUGCGAAUUAGCUAUUUUCAUUUGAAUGUGUAAACAAGCUCGUUUUUUAAAAAGGGAACAAAAGCCGAUUAUUAUUCUGAUUAUAAAAUUGUGCCAAUCCCAGAUCGAAUACAACAUCCAAGUAUUCGAACACUCAGCGCUGUAACUAAAUACUUUACCAAUAAUA